UGUACACUCGUGAGUUUGUGCACUGUGUCCAUAAAAUUUUAUCCGAAGAUUUUCAUUUUUUUGAUAUUGUUUAAAUUAUUAAAAAAAAAUUUUAAUUAUAAAAAUGGCAACCAAACCUUCGAGGUUCGACAUGGUACACAAACCAUCGUCAUUUCCACCAUCAACUGCAGAACAAACUACUUCGACGACACCAGCAUUAUCAUCGUCUGAAAUAGCUCAGAUGAUGGCCCGUGUUCAGCGGCAGAUUGCGGAAAAGAAACGGUCCAUACAGACAGAGGCCGCUUCCGCUACGGAUAAUUCAAAUGAAAAACAAAUGGAUUCAUCAGAAAGCUCAAUCGAUAGUAAAGCUCGAAUCGCACAGUUACGUGCACAGAUUCAAGCACGUUUUUCAAAUUCGAUGGGAGCCAUUAAAUCUAAUGAUGAUGCAAAUAAUGAUCGAACAGGACUUAAUCAUAAUAAAACAAUGCGUCCAACACCAUUGAUUUUGAAUGCCGAAGGUAGAACCGUUGAUCAAACUGGUAAAGAAGUACAAUUGAUUCAACGGAUGCCUACAUUAAAAGCGAACAUUCGUGCUCAAAAAAAAGAACAAUUCAUCAAAGUGAAUCAUGAAAAACAAUCAAGUCUAUCGUCGACAGAGCAAAAAUUUAUCGACACAAGGUUGGAAAGUAAAGCACCGGUUCGAGCACGAAAGACAUUCCGGUUUCAUGAUAAAGGAACAUUCGAAUCGAUUGGAAAUAAAAUUAGAACCAAAGCCCAAUUGGAAUUGUUACAAAAGGAUAUUGCCCAGAAAGCCAAACGAACCGGCAUAAGUGCUGCAGCACGUUUAGCAUUGCUUAAUUCGAUAGUUCCAAAAAAACAAGCGAAAGAAGAUGAAAUUCCAUCAGUGGAAUGGUGGGACAGUUUCAUCAUGAAAGACAGUUGUUACGAGGAAUGCAUCCAGAAUACACAACCAUCACAGGAAAAGUACGAUGGAAUCACACAACUCAUCGAGCAUCCUAUUCAGAUGAAACCCCCACAUGAACCAUCCAAACCACAAUUUUUGCCAGUAUUCUUAACGAAAAAAGAGCAGAAAAAACUGCGCAGACAAAACCGCCGUGAAGCAUGGAAAGAAAAACAGGAAAAAAUUCGAUUGGGUUUGGAACCACCGCCAGAACCAAAACUGAAAAUAUCGAAUAUGAUGAGAGUUCUUGGCCAACAGGCCGUACAAGAUCCUACCAAAAUGGAAGCUCAUGUUCGUGAACAGAUGAUGCGGCGGCAAAAAGCUCACGAAGAGGCGAACGCUUCGCGGAAAUUAACAAGCGAACAAAAAAAGCAGAAAAAAAUACGGAAAAUCAAAGAAGAUACGAAUACUGGUGUGAAUGUAGUCGUCUAUAGAAUUUUGGAUCUAAACAACCCUGCCAAGAAAUUCAAGGUUGAAGCAAAUAUGAAACAAUUAUUAAUGACUGGUGUCGUUGUAAUCUACAAAAAUGUCAACGUUAUUGUCGCUGAAGGUGGUCCAAAACAGCAGAAAAAAUUCAAACGUCUUAUGUUACAUCGAAUAAAAUGGUCAGAUGAUGUGGUCACUCAUGGAGAUUCUAAUGAACCUGAUUCCAGUAAUGAUUCCAAUUUAAAACGUAAACAAGAGAAUAAAUGUCUGCUCGUAUGGGAAGGUUCAGUUAAAAAUCGGGCAUUUGGUGAAGUAAAAUUCAAAAAUAGUCCCAACGAAAGUUUUGCUAGAGAAAUUUUUAAAAACCAUGGAGUUGAACAUUAUUGGGAUCUGGCAUAUAGUAUGUCCAUAUUAGAUUCGGCCGAAACAUGAAAAAUAUACAUACUCAUUGAAUGUUGCAAAAAAACCACAUGAUUGUAAAAAAAGAAACUUUUUAUUGUAAUAAAUUGAUUUUUCAAAAUCUUAUUAAACUGCCACACGAAUCAUUUUGUUGGAAAUAAC